CUUCGUUUUUCUUGUUGCUAAUCAGAAAACAAAAUCUAAAAGAUCUCAAAAAAAAAAAAAAUCUUGAAAAAAGAACAAUAUGGUCAAAUGUGGAUGUGAAAGAGAUAAGGUUGAAAGUUUUGCAAGUUAAAAGGAAGAAUUACUAUGAAGAGGACUUUGAGGUCCCAAAACCUAUCAGAUAAAAAGGUGAUUAUAUUUUAUUCCAAAGUUUUAUGAUGCUCAAAGAAUAAUACAUUAACAAAACCUAGCAUUUUUUAACCUGCAAAUAGGAAAAGUAGAUUCUUUUGUUCCUUCUUUUUUGCAGCCUUCAUCUAUUUUGCAUAUUCUCAUUGCAUCACAAAACUCCUUUCUUGAUAAGUUCACACUACAGUAGAAAGAUCAAAUCAAGUGUGAGCAAAAAAAAAACCAUGGAAAUCUUGAUCAAGAAAGUUCAUUUUCUAGCCUUUUUGAUCUUUUUUUUGAACCUUUAUUUUACCAGAAGUACCAUUUCACAAGAAUCACAAAGCUACUGUGGAAAUAUAAAGAUUGAAGAGCCUUUUGUUUCUCAAAACUCAAAAAAUUCAUCAUUCUUGAAGAACAUGGUGCUAUGUAGAUCAGAGAUUUUAUACUUUAAAACUUCUCUUGGCCUUUUUCAAAUUUCUUCAAUUGAUUAUAAAAACAAACUGUUAACUAUUUCUCAUAGUUCUUGUUCUUCUUCAUCCAACUAUGUAUCUCCUAAAGAUUUAUCUUCUGGAUUUCCUAAUCCCCCUAAGCCUAACUCAUUACUCCUAUUCAACUGCUUAAAUUCUAAAAAUAUAUCAGCCUUACAAAGUUGCCCUCACUUGAAAAAUGAAAAAGAUUCUUUUAGUUUGUGUAAAGAAGGUGUGACAAACAAAGGGUCUUUUACUUUUUCUUGUUUGAUGGUUGAUGAUGUACAAGAUUUGGGAAAUGAGUUUCAUCCUAAAGAAUUGAACUGUUCACAUUAUAGAAGGGUUUAUAAAAGCACUUCUCAAGAUGGGAACAGUAUGAAAUUUGAGUCAGGUACAAGGCUGUCUUGGGAAGUUGACCAUGUACCAAAUCCUUGUGAUGAGUGUAGAAAGCCUCAUGGUAAUUGUGGAGUUGGAUUGAGAUGCCUUUGCCAUGUAACUGGAUGCAAGGUGGAGGUUUCUGCUGGUGCAAUCAAGAAACUUAGUGGUACUAUGCUCUUCUCUUUGCUUGUCUUGAUUGGUCUUUUGGAUCAUCUUGAAGGAGUUUUAAGAUCCUCCAAAAGCAGUGGAUUUUUGGAAGAUUCGACACAGGUGCAGCAGCUUUCAGAGAGCUCAUGCGCAACAUACCUAAAAAGUGUGUGAUGAAGAUUUCCCAGAUACUACUUUAUCAAUAUAUGUCUGAAGUGAAAAUUAUUAGUGGUGGGGUGCAUAAACCACUUAAGUAUGAGCAUGUGCAGAACUUUACUACUUGAGCAACUUAUGUAACAAGUAGGGACAUUUACAGCCCUUUAGUGAUUGCAUUGUUCAAGUUAAGCUUUUCAUCAUGCUGUAAAGUUAUGUUAUAGUUUGUCCAAAGUUAUAUGAAUCCACAUUUUUUCUAGAAAUAUGCAUGUGGUAGGGACCAAUUAUGAGACAACCAAAAUGCAGUAUCCAAUAUUGUGAUCAUAGCAGAAUUGUCUUCUUGAGAGGCUGAAAACUAGAGAACUUACUGAGACAAAUAACAAAGGAUACGUUAGUUCAAGACAGUGGAAAAAUGAUGAAGUAUUCUUGUUUAGCACUGGUUCUUUAACAUAUUGCAGCCUCUUUUUGAGGAGUAAUAUGUUUCUGAAGUUUUGUGUGUGCUGUAAAUUUCUCUUUCCUGGCUUUUGAAAUUGGAAAUUUGAGGUUGGUUUGUUGGCUUUGUUGAAACAAUGUAAUGUUGCAGCUUGAUGGGGUAAAGUGCAAACAUGUACGAAGUUCUAUAUACUGGCGUGUAAAUAUACUUACACAAUAAGUAAAUCUGUAUAAUAUGUAUGAAUUUGUAAAUUGAUAAAAAUAGUAACUAACCUGCUAUAAUACGUAAAAUGAGCGGUAGAAAGUGAAAGAAACAGAAUUUUGUGGGAAUAGUGAUGAGUAAUUAGUUAUUGAUAUGGUUUUUGUCCUCCAAGUUUGGCGUUUACCAAAGUGGUCGGCAGGGGUGGAGCUAGAGGGGCGUUAGGGGUUCAUCCGAAUUCCUUAGCCUAAAAUUACUCUUUGUAUAUAAAGUGCAGACUUUGUAUUAGUAGCAAAUACUAAUAUAAUAAAGUUUUAGAUACGGAUCACAAAUUACAACAUUAUAUCAAUCGUGUUUUGAACAUAGUAUAUAUAUAUAUAUAUGCAUAAAAAUAGUGCAAACUAAUAAUGUCCAAAAGGGUAGGCUCCAUACUGAAUAACACCAAAUAAUAUAAAAAAUAAAAAUAAAAAAAGAAGAAACCAUAUAAAGCAUGAGUUUAGUGCAAACUAAUAAUGUCCAAACGGGUAGGC